UGAGAGGACAGUAAAACGCGCUGCAGCCCGGCAGAGAGAGAGAGAGAGAGAGAGAGAAAAAAAGCCGUAAUAGCUGAGGAGGAGGAGGAGGAACAGGAAGGGAAUCUGGAAACAAAUUAUCUGUGUAAUUACUGGGAAAGUGGGGUUGGAUGUGGUGAAUGGACUGUGAUUGAAGUGGACCAUGCUCAGCACUGAGCAGCUUCGUGAACAGAGAACAGGAACAAGCCUCUGGAAAGCUGAGAGACAGCUACCUAAAGGAUUGUGGGAAGCCGGCUCCAAACUCUGCUUUUCUUGCUGAGAUGUGGGAUGGCGGCAUUCGGUUUCCUCAGUUAUGAACAGCGAUCGCUGAAGCGGCCCCGGCUCGGCCCUCCCGAUGUCUACCCGCAGGAUCCCAAACAGAAGGAGGACGAGUUGACUGCAGUGAAUGUAAAGCAGGGUUUUAACAAUCAGCCUGCUUUCUCUGGAGAUGAGCAUGGUUCAGCCAGGAAUAUUGUCAUCAACCCAGCAAAGAUAGGGGCCUAUUUUAGUAGCAUCUUGGCAGAAAAACUUAAACUCAACACUUUUCAAGACACAGGGAAGAAGAAACCUCAGGUGAAUGCCAAAGAUAACUACUGGUUGGUGACUGCCCGCUCUCAAAGUGCAAUUCACAUCUGGUUCACGGAUCUUGCAGGAAAUAAACCAUUGACUGUUUUAGCCAAAAAGGUCCCCAUCCUUAGCAAGAAGGAAGAAGCCUUUGCUUACUUGGCCAAGUAUUCCGUGCCAAUGUUGAGGGGAGCAUGGCUGAUAAAAAUGACCUGUGCUUAUUAUGCUGCUAUUUCUGAAGCCAAGAUUAAGAAGCGACAGGCCACAGAUCCCAACCUUGAGUGGACUCAGAUUUUGACGAGGUACCUUCGUGAGCAGCUGGUUAAAAUUGCUGAACAUUACCACGGACCAGCUGGGCAAGGUCCUGCGUCUACAACAACUGUGCCUCCAGAAGUGGAACAAGCAAUAAAACAGUGGGAAUACAACGAGAAGCUGGCAUUUUAUAUGUUCCAGGAUGGGAUGUUGGAGCGACAUGAAUAUUUAACCUGGAUUUUGGAUGUGCUGGAAAAGGUCAGACCGGCAGAUGAUGAACUCCUUAAAUUGCUGUUGCCACUGAUGCUCCAGUAUUCUGAAGAGUUUGUUCAGUCGGCUUAUUUAUCCCGUCGCCUUGCCUAUUUCUGUGCCAGGAGGCUUUCCGUUCUUCUGAGUGAAAACUCUGCAAACCUUGUUCCUGCACACUCUCCUCACGUGAUCAUUGGACCAAAUAACGUUCCUCUGGCUGCUCCUAGUCCCGCUGCUCCUGCUGUAGUAAUGAGCCCAGUGCAGUCGGCCUUCUCGGAUUUCCAUUCGUGUCCGCAGCAUCGCCCUUUAGUUUACGGCCUCAGUUGCAUGUUGCAGACAAUAACUUUAUGUUGUCCUAGUGCCUUGGUGUGGAAUUAUUCCAUGAAUGAUAGCAAAAGCAGCAAUCCUGGCUCGCCUCUUGAUCUGCUCCAAGUGGCUCCAUCCUGUUUACCUAUGCCAGGGGGUAAUUCUGCCUUCAAUCAGCAGGUCCGAGCCAAAAUUUAUGAAGUGGAGCAGCAGAUCAAGCAGCGAGGACGUGCUGUGGAAGUACGAUGGUCUUUUGACAAGUGUCAGGAAUCUACCGCAGGUUUCACAAUCAGUAAGGUCUUGCACACGUUGGAAGUACUGGAUCGUCACUGCUUCGACAGAUCUGAUUCCAGCAACUCCCUAGACAGCCUGUACCAUAAGAUUUUUGGGACAAGUCAGAGCAAGGAUAGCCAGGAGCAAAUUGCACCGAAUGAUGAGGCAGUUGUGACUUUACUGUGCGAGUGGGCAGUGAGUUGUAAACGGUGUGGAAAGCACAGAGCGAUGGCAGUAGCAAAACUCCUGGAGAAGAGGCAGGCUGAAUUCGAGGCAGAGCGAUGCGGAGAGUCAGAAGUCCUGGAUGAAAAGGAGUCGAUUUCCUCUGUGUCCCUAACUGGCUCGAGCCUACCUGUGUUUCAGAAUAUCCUGCUCAGGUUUCUGGAUACUCAAGCUCCUGUAUUAACUGACCUCAACAAUGAAAAUGAGAAAGCAGAGUUUGUGAACCUAGUGCUGUUGUUUUGUGAGUUCAUCCGCCACGAUGUCUUCUCACACGAUGCGUACAUGUGCACUCUUAUAUCCCGAGGAGACCUCACGUCUGUAACCACUUCAGCAAGACCUCGGUCGCCAGUUGCAGACAACUCCGAGGAGCAGUACACGAAGGAGCAUGAUGACAACCUUCAUGGAGUGAAAUUGGAGGUAAAACUUCAUUCCUUGUAA